GUUGAAUGGAAUGGGCCAGAAAAGAAUAGAAUUGAAUAUUAAUAGGCUGUAUUCAUUUGUUUGGUUGGAAAUAAGAAGUGUGGAAAAGAAUUCCACGGUAAUGGUUAUUCCCCCAAACUAACGGAAUAACUUUUCCAAUUUUGAGCAAGUGGAAUUAUAAUUCCAUUCCACUGGUUAUCAUCAUCUCUCUCCUGGGUCUUCGUCUUCUUCUCCAACUCGCUGAGUUCCUCAGCAAUCUGACACAAUCAUCUCUCAUUCUCACUCUCAGCAAGCAACACACCCAGUCGAAGGUAGCUGCUCGUCCCAAUCGGAGGUCCGUGUCAGAGACACUCUUCUCUUCUUCCUCCUGCUUUUCUAAUCUGUUGCAGAGCAUGGAGACUUCAAAAGGAAGAGGUCCAGGACAAAAUAAAAGAUUUUGGAGCGAAGAUGAAGACAAACACUUGGUUGAAGCACUUAUGGAACUGAAUAAUGAAGGGAAGUUUAAAGCUGAAGGAAAUUUCAGGCCAGGUCAUCUUAGAGCUCUUGAGAUGAAAUUAAAGGAGCGGAUGCCUGGAUGUGAUAUACAAGCUAAGCCACACAUUGAGUCUAGAAUGAAGACUUUGAAGACUCAUUUUCAAGUGGUUCAUGAAAUGUUGACUGGACCAUUUUGUAGUGGAUUUGGGUGGGACAACGACAGAAAAACUGUUACUGCAGAAAAGUCAGUGUGGGAAGCAUAUUUGCAGAGUCACAAAGAAGCAGCCCCCUUCAAGAUCAAGUCAUUCCCUUGGUAUGAUGACUUAUGUAUGGUUUUUGGCAAGGAUCGUGCAACUGGAAAAAAUGCGGAGACUGCAGCAGAUGUUGUUGAAGAACUUCAAACUGAAGAAGAAAACACUACUAUUGGAGAAGAUGAUUUCAACUAUGCUAACAAUGUGGAUGAAGUGCCAUCUAUGUCUGUCUCAGAUGCAACAAGAGGUGCUCAAUCUCACACUCAAUCAGAUGGGUCUUCAAAGAAGAAAAGGAAAGCUGUAAAUCAUGAAGAACUUUCAGAUGCACUCACACAAUCAGCUUCUAUUAUCGCAAGAGAAAUUGAAAAAGCUUCUAUUCGUUUGAGUAAAGCUAUUGGUGAAGACAUGAAUGAAAAGCAUAUGCAACUUGGGAAAGAGUUAGAAAGGACCACUACACUUACCACAGCUCAACGUCAUAAGGUAGCUCGCAUGAUUAUGCAAGAUAAUGCUCUGGUUUCUUACUUUUUCAGUGUCCCAGAUAAUGAGAAGGAUGAAUGGGUGACACUUCUUCUUGAUGGCUCUCUCUAAGAUCAUGUUUAGUCCACUUUGCUCUACUACAAUUUGCAGGACAAUUUAUAUUGCCUUUGACAUUCAGUAGUAUACAAAUUAUAAUCUUUUGGAUAUGAUGUAAUGUUUUAUGCUCAUAAUUUUGCAAACUAGAUUGUCUUUGAGCAUAGAUCUGAGUAAUUGGACAUGAAUACUUAUACUAUUUCUAGUGAUAUUUCAUGUGUAUGGACAGUAAUCAAAAACUCUUUUGAUUAUUAGAAUAUAAAUAUGUUAUAAUGUUUAGUUUAACA